AUGAAGAAACCCGAGUUCCAGUAUGCACAGCUCCCUCAAUUUACAUAUCAAUCGUUCGAGCGUCGGUAUCAGACCUUUGAUCGGAACAACUUGACAUUCUCUUGCUAUCCUGUCGUUGCAACAACCAAUGGUCUGACGGAGGAUAAACCCCAGGACACCAAGGAGCCCAGUGCUGCCGAACCAGAGAAGGAACCAGCCCCUGCUGAAACCAAGGCCGAUGAGCCUGAGAACCCUCCAGACAACAGCUCUGCAAGCCCAGAGGUUGCAGGUAAGUGUGAAUAA